AUGUGCAUUACCUGCUCAUGUCACUAUGUGGUGGCAAAGUCCUGUGCCUCGCAGCGCUGGAGGUGGCAAGAGGAGGAGCGAGUCAAGAAAGCACAGCAACAAGAGGUGACAGCUUUGCCGGAAGUCCUUCAAGUUCUGGAGAUCUCACUUGAGGCUCAGCGGAAGUUCAAUCAAGAGCAGGCUGGCCGCCAGCGGAAGCGGGCCGAGGCGCGCCUGUCGGCUCAGCUCGAGGAGGACAUGGCGAAACAGGCAGCCGAAGCUAAGCUUCAGCAAGAAGAAGCCGAGGAGAGGAAGAAGCGCAAGCAACAGGAAGUCGCCAAGCAGAUGGCAGAAGCAGCAAAGCAAGCUGUCGAGCAGAAGGCACUGCAGAAGCAGGAGGAAGCAAAGAAGGCUCCGGAGCCACCGCAGAAACGUUUCUCUGUCUUUGCCCGAAUGAUCACAGGUGCGGAGGCGAUACAGAAGAUCAAGGACAAGCAGGUAGCCAGCAUGGCGCAGCCAUGCGCAGCAAUGUCGGAUGCAUCAGACCCUGGUGUUUGCCGCGACUGCAAGGGCCAAGCCUUGGCACAGUACGAGGCUGGAGCUGGAAGUCAGCAGGCGAAGCUCCAGCAGGAGGCUGCAACUGCAGUAGGUUACGUCGGUUCAAGUCGGGUUGCCUCGGCCGUCAUGGCGCUGGUCGCACCUUUGAGAGGCACUUCUAUCCAAACUCUGCCGCUGAGGGGCGGAGCACCCAGUCAGUCCUGCAGUUUAAAGACCCCAGGAGCUUGGAGUUUGAGCACGGUUGCAUGCCUAACCGGCGCAGUUUGCCUCAGCUCACGCCAAGCCUCCAGAGUGGCUUUGUUGGCGAAGACUGCAAAGACUAAGAAGCUCCCCAAAAGAGAAAAAGGCAGAAAGAAGCGGUUCGAACCCAGCGAGCAGUUGGGCGUGACCGAACCCUUGGGUUUUUGGGACCCCUUGGGGAUUUCCCCCAAAGAUGAACAGACAUUCUACGAGUACCGUGUCUGUGAGAUCAAGCACGGCCGAGUUGCCAUGAUGGCAUGUAUAGGAGCGAUUGGCCAGCAUUACUUGAGGUUUGGCUGGUUCAGCAAGACAACUUGGGGCGAACCGAUGCCCUCAGGUUUCGCAGCAGUCUUCAGCAACCCUGCUGCCUUUGGCAUGAUCGUUCUGACCGCCAUCGCUGGACUCCUGGAGUUCACACUGUUCAAGGAUGAUAUCUCGAAGGGAGCAGGGAACUUCGGCGACCCGCUUCGCAUAGGCCAGUACACAGACGACAUGCGCAAUCGCGAGCUCAACAACGGCCGCUUCGCGAUGUUCUCCAUUAUGGGGAUCAUCGCUGCAGAGGGUGCCACAGGCAAAGAUGCCAUCGAGCAACUGGGCCUCUAA